AUGCAUGGUUCGAAGACGGCCAGAAUUCGCGAAGAAAGUGCUCCUUAUUCACCUGGUCGGGUCGGAGUUGUUCAUUUACCGCUUACGAUACGCACUGAUCUUGCCAAUAGUUUGCUCGAAAUUCGUACACAAUUCCAACAUGUUUGGCUCUCGCGAUCGAUUCCUAGCACGCUACCUAACGCUCUAAAAAUGUUUGACAAUCUGUUCCGAAGAUGCUUCGUAUUUUUUCUCAGGUAUAAUCCCGAGAAUGUCGGUGAACUAGCGAAGUGUGUGCAAUUGAUGGCAAGCGAAAACCAUUACGAUCGGGAUAUUGUUCUAACAAUCCUCAAGCUAUACCAACUCAACCCUGAUAAAUAUGACGAAGGAAUAGUUCGACUCGUUCUGUUAAAGACUUUAAUGGUCCUACCAAAUAGUGACUUUGCUCUUGCGAAAUGUCUGAUUGAUUCGAAUCGAUUGGGAUCGCAGGUCGGUGAGCGAUGUGUCUUAGACUUCAAACUUUUCAUAGAUAGAAUUCAUAUGGGGUUCAGGAGGACUUGUUCCAGUUAUACUGUUUGUUAUGCUUAACA